AUGUCUUUCCCGAACCCGAACAGCAAUCCCAUCUACCCUACCUCUCGCUCACCCUCGGAGAAGUAUUGGCAAGCAAGCCGCAGUCCCGGAACCAACGGGCUAGGCGGUUAUGGGUUCUCCCAGUCUGCCGGUGUCACAAACAAUCUGAACAAUUUCUUUUCGGGUGAUCGCACCCUCCCCAUGUACAAAGACAAGCCAUACUUUGCCCCGCGACGUACGGGCCCACGACUCAGGCGGAGGAGAGCGCUCUAUCUUGGGAUCAUUGUGUUCGUGUUGGUCAGUCUGUGGUAUUAUACUUCUUCACCCAGCGGGUCUCCAUGGACACCCGACUCGGCCAAGGGUGAAGAGCUCUGGAAGUGGGUGCAAACGCUGGACCAGACAGAGCAGACUUAUGACGGUAUUGCGCUGAAGAACAUUGACUGGGAGUCACGGCGUGAGAAGGUCCGGGAUGCCUUUAUUAUUAGCUGGGAUGGCUACGAGCAGUAUGCUUGGGGUCUUGAUGAAUACCACCCAAUUUCCAAGAAGGGCAAGAAUAUGAUUGAGGGUGGAAUGGGCUGGCAGAUAGUGGAUGCGCUAGAUACGAUGAUGAUCAUGAAUCUGACCUCGCGCGUUCAACACGCCCGCACCUGGAUUUACAACUCACUACAGUACAAUCAGAAUCACGAUGUCAACACUUUUGAAACGACGAUACGCAUGCUCGGUGGCCUGCUCUCCGCUCACUACCUCUCAACCUCAUACCCCAGUCUUGCUCCGAUCUCAGAUGAUGACAUUGGAUCUCCUGGUGAGGAUCUAUACAUUGAGAAAGCCACUGAUCUGGCAGACAGGCUACUCGGUGCUUUUGAGUCCAACUCCGGUAUCCCAUAUGCUAGUGUGAACCUCAAUACCUCAUCUGGUAUACCGUCUCAUGCAGACGGUGGCGCCUCGUCUACGGCUGAAGCGACUACAGUGCAGCUGGAAUUCAAGUACCUAGCCAAGCUCACCGGGGAGGCCGAGUACUGGCGUAUCGUGGAGAAGGUGAUGCAGGUGAUCGAUGCACAACAGAGCCCAGACGGUCUGCUUCCAAUCUAUAUAUACCCCGAUACAGGCAAGUUUAGAGGAGAGAAUAUACGCCUCGGUAGCAGAGGCGAUUCCUACUAUGAAUACUUGAUCAAACAAUAUCUUCAAACUUCGGAAGACAUCUAUAAAGACAUGUGGGACGAGGCACUCAACGGAAUCCGCAAGCACCUCAUCACGUACUCAAAGAACGCCCAGCUCACCGUCCUGGGUGAGCGCCAGUCCGGCCUCAGGGGCCCUUUGACCCCCAAAAUGGACCACCUCGCCUGCUUCCUUCCAGGCUCCAUCGCCCUCGGCGCCACCGGCGGCAUUCCGCUCGCUGACGCUAAAAAGUCCUCCGAAUGGACCCUUCGUCAAGAUGAGGAGAUCCGCCUCGCCAAGGAACUGAUGAAAACCUGCUGGGCUACAUAUCUUGCAACCAAGACCGGCCUCGCCGCAGAAAUCACCUACUUCGAAAUCAACACACCCCACGUCUCGGAAAUUGACAAAUACCCAAGCUCCACGCUGGCGAUGGGUCAGAACGGCAAAGCCGCUGGCAAGGACCUGCCGCUCAACUCCGAAGCUAUUUACCCUCUAAACUCAGAGUCUGCCACCUGGCAGCACGAUAUCAACAUCCACACCCAGGACAGGCAUAACCUGCAGCGCCCCGAGACUGUCGAAUCUCUCCUGUACAUGUACCGGAUCACAGGUGACGAGACGUACCGACACUGGGGGUGGGAGAUGUUCAAAUCCUUUAUCAAGCACACGGCCGUCACCGAGAAAAUCACCACGCACGAGAUUGACGAGACGGAUCCCGAUGUCGACGAUGGCCCACGGGCGCGCAUUGUCAGCUUCACCUCGCUUUCGAACGCAGAUGUCAUCCCGCCUAUUCAGCGUGAUAACAUGGAAAGUUUCUGGAUGGCGGAGACGCUAAAGUACUUCUAUCUUCUCUUCUCUGACAGAGACUUUAUCUCGCUUGAGGAAAAUGUGUUUAAUACGGAGGCGCAUCCGAUGCCUAGGUUUAGGCCCACAGGUGACCUGAAGACGGGGUGGACGAGGCUUCCACCAGCGCCUCCUGCUCCCGCUGAUCCCGCUGCUGCUGAUCCUCAGCAGCCUCCACAGCCUUAA